AUGACGGCCUCAACAGAGUCGCCCUUCACCGCCCCCUCGGCCCCCCUUGCCGACGAAAAGGUCGUCAUGCUCAACACCAACGAGGCCGUCGCGACAUUCCAACUCCCCAGUCCUCCUCUCCAGGGCCGUAUCAACGCCGACAUCUCCAUCGCUCCAGCUUCCCUUGCCGAAGACGAUGCCUUCGUCCACAGUCUAACCAACCUUAUCAAUGAGAUCUAUACCGACGCCGAGCGCGGUUUCUGGUCCAUCGAUCCCUUCACCCGCACCAACCCGGCCGAAGUCCGCUCCUUCAUCACCAGUGGGACCCUAGCCACCGCAUGGCUCCCGGGGUACUCACGGCCGCCGCGCAUUGUGUACCUGCUGGGCUGCGGCCGCGUGCAACUCCUCCCCUCUCCUUCCGAGGCCGACUCUCGCACCACUGCGCAUUUCAGCCCCGACCCGGAUACAGCAAUCGGACAGUUUGGAUGUCUGAUCUGCCGUCCUGAAUACCGGGGUUCCGGAGUGGGGAGGGACCUUCUCAAGUUCGCCGAGGACUGGACGAGGGAGAAGGGAGGGAAGAAGAUGCAGGUGGAGCUGGUGGUGGGAGACGGGUGGGAACAUGAGGAGAAGACGAAGCUGGCCGGUUGGUACGAGAGAGCUGGGUAUAAAAAUGUCAAGGAGAUGGAUUUGUCUGAGGGGAUUCCGGAACUAGGGCCGUUGUUGGCGAGGAAGGCUAGGUAUAGAGUUUACCACAAGGCUCUCUAA